AUGCUUUGUGGUUUACCAACUAAUUCCGAUACCUGGUUAUUUCAGGGUCCAGAAAGAAGUCUAGCUAUGCAACUUGCUGACGAAGGAUACGACGUUUGGCUAGGAAAUUUUCGUGGCACAACUUAUGGACGUAGUCAUAUUAAAUUGUCUCCAAAUGACAAAAAAUUUUGGGACUAUAGCUUUCAUGAACAUGGAUAUUAUGAUGUUCCUGCAAGUGUUGAUUUUGUUCUCAAUAUUACAAAUCAAAAUUCAUUGAUAUAUAUUGGUAUGUCCAUGGGGACAACAACCAUAUUUACCACAUUAUCAGAACGUCCAGAAUAUAAUUCAAAAAUUCAACUAGUCAUAUGUCUUGCCCCCGUUACUGGUUUUUUCAAUAAACCAGCCACUGAGUUAUCAGUGGUUCCUAUUGCUAUCUUCAUUCUGUUCACACUGAGUCUGGCUUUAAAAUAUUUUCCUGCUGGUACCUCGGGAAAAACUUUCUUGCAUUAUGGGCAAUUUGGUUUACAAAAACAUGGCUUUCGAAAAUUUGAUUAUGGAAGUAAUAUUAAAAAUAUGCAGCAUUAUGGAAAAUCAAAACCACCAAAAUACAAUUUAAAAAACGUAAAAUCACCUAUGAUAUUUUUUUACGGUGAAAAUGAUCCUUUAUCAACAGCCAAAGAUUCUGAAGAAAUUAUAAAAAGGGUAUCGAGCAAAGUUAUCGCCGAACCAGUUCCUCACAAAGCAUUUAAUCAUUUGGAUUUUAUUAUUGCCAAAGAUAUUAAAAAAUUACUCAAUGACAGAAUACUUGAGCGAUUAUAUCAAUUUACAAAUAAAAAAAUUUUCUUUGUUGAUAAUAGAUUAAUCAAUACAAGUUUUAUUAAAUCACUUGAUUGA